AACAACAACAACAGCACACGUAUUGAUCACGGAAGCAAAAAAAAAAAGAAAAUUUUUUUUCCUUGCCAUUGCUUUAUCCAACGUCAUUACAUGAAUACAAUUAAUUUAUUUUUGUGUUGACAACAACGACAAAAAUUAUCGAACCAAAGAAUUUGAUCAUCAACGAUUCAGAAAGAUAUGGAUAAAUUAUUGGUUUCAUGUAAUGAAGUUUGUCAAGAAAUAACAACAAAAAUUAAAGGAAAUAUUCCUGAAUGGUUAAAUGUUGAAUUAAUACGUUUAGGACCAGGAAAAUGGGAUCUAGAUGAUGAAUUUGUAUUGAAUCAUUGGCUUGAUGGUUGUGCAAUGUUGUGUAAAUUUUCCAUAAGACAUGGUUGCGUAAAAUAUGUGUCGAAAUUUCUUGAAUCUGAUGCAUAUAGAAAAAUGUUAAAAGUUAAAAGACCAGUGUAUACAGAAUUCGGCACACGUGCAUUUCCAGAUCCAUGUAAAAAUGUAUUCAAUCGUAUAUUUUCACAGAUUGUACCAUCAGAUUUGACCGAUAAUGGUUGUAUUAAUGUUUAUAAAUUAUCAAAUGAAUAUUAUGCAUCAUCGGAAACAUGUAAUAUUUGGCGUGUUUGUCAAAAAACAUUGAAUGUUAAAAAAAAGAUUAAUUUAGACAAAAUUAUCGGCGUAAAUCUAGCCUGUUCACAUGUACAAUAUAUGGAUAAUGAAAAUUAUGCUUAUAAUCUUAGUUCAAGUUUUUUGACCGGCAUGAAAUAUCAUUUAAUUAAGAUUCCAUUGUUUCAUUAUGAUGAUAAUAAUAAUAAUAAUAAUGGUAAUGGUAAUGGUGAUGAUGACACUAAUGAUGAUGACAAAAGCCUAUUGGAACAUUCACAAAUAUUGACAACGAUUAGCUCCAGAUGGACUACAUGUAUUGCAUAUUAUCAUAGUUUUGGUAUAACGAAAAAUUUCAUAAUUUUCAUUGAAUUACCAUUAAUGGUGAAUGGAUUCAAAUUGGCCACCUGUACACCGAAAGGACGACCAUUAAAAGAUUGUUUUGAAUGGCAUCCAAAUGAACGUGUUAAAUUCUAUGUUAUUUGUAAACAAAAUGGCCAAAUCAUACAAAAAUAUUAUUCCGAUCCAUUUUUCUAUUUUCAUAUUAUUAAUUCAUAUGAAUAUGAUGGUCAUAUUGUUGCCGAUUUUAUGGCCUAUCAGAAUGCAACCAUAUUGGAUAAAUGGGAUCUUCAUCAGAUGCGUAAAAAUGUUUAUGAUGAUAAUAAUCAAGCAAUGCCUACACGAUUUGUAAUGCCAAUUAAUAUAAAUAAAAAUGAUAUAAAAAUGGGUGAAAAUCUUGUCACAUUGGCCAAUACACAGGCAACGGCCAUAAUGAUGGAAAAAGAUUUGAUAAUAUUGACCGGUGAACCAUUAUGUAGACCAGGAUUUGAACUGCCAACAAUAAAUUAUCGUCAAUUUAAUGGCCAAAAAUAUAAAUACUGUUAUGGUAGUGGAAUUUUUGAACAAGGAAAUUUUUAUCGUUCAAUUUGUAAACUAAAUGUUGAUGAUAAAUCUGUCAUAACAUGGAAAGAUACGGAUGAUUUUUUUCCUGGUGAAUGUAUAUUUGUUGCAAGACCAGGAUCCAUUGUUGAAGAUGAUGGCGUAUUAUUAUGUAUAGUUUUGUCCGGAAAUGAAUUAUUAUCACAUUAUCUUCUCAUAUUGGAUGCACAUACAUUUAAGGAGAUUGCACGUGCCGAAAUUGCUACUGGCGUUGGUAUUAUUCCACCUACAAUACAUGGUGUUUAUGAUUAUGUGGUUGAUGAAUAAAAACAACA